AUGUCUACAUUCUCACAUUCCGUGAUUCACAAACAGCCGAAGGCUUUACAAAAGCUCGCGUUUGGGGAUGGACCACUAUCCGGGUUCCCCCACCCGGAACCGUGGCGAGAUAGUGUGAAAAAUUAUUUGACCCUUCAUGCUUCUUCUUGCAUGAUUGUUCCGUGUGAUUACUGUCUAAAACUGGAAACCAAUAAUGCUGCGGAUGCAAACUCUACAUCAGACAGCGAUAGUCCCAGUACCACAGACCAGUCCAGUGAAGAUGGUAAAGUUACCACUGAUCCGGACGAGCUUCGAUGCUGUUUACUCUGUUCCUGUUUCGAACCGUGUACCUGUUGUGUGAUACCGAAACAUUGCGACAGACUGUACUAUACAAUCCAGCGAAGCACAGAACACUGUCCUAGCGGAUGUCCCACCAUUGUACCUCGUCCGGCCGAAGAGGAAUGGAAAAUGCCCGGCGGGAAUGCACGAGAGUUCGCCUGUUCCCCAUGCUGUCACAGCCCGGGUGGUAUUAUGUGUUUAAAAUAUUGGGAUUGUUUAUGCUGUCCGAUAUGUCCAAUGUGGGAUCUGUGCAAAGGAUUAGAUCAUGGUUAUCGGCGAUAUCGAGUCCAAUUGGUUUUACAUCGGUACCGAGAUUCACGCAAGAAAAAAUACAUUUCUUUAAUAUGA